AUGAGCGAGAUGACCGAGAAGCCCAGCACGGUGACAGUCGAUCUUCAAGAAUCAUCGCAGACCCACCGACCGAACACUCCGGAGCCCUGGCAGUCAAAAUUUGUUGAGCAAAAGGAUCUGGGUGUUGUCCCCGAUGACAACCUGCUCAAUUCUCUGCAGAAUUCCCAAGAGGUGCAGAAGGUUGUUCGUGAAGGCAUCCUGCUAGCGGCGGGGGCUGCAGCAAUCUUGUUACAGGUUGCGAUGCCAGGAGUCGCUAAGGGUGUAGACAACCAUAGCAGCUUUGCCUACAGCCCGUUGCGUCGACUUCGGACUACCCUCACAUUUGUCUACUGCAUGGCAUACGGCACAAAAGAGGAGAAGAAAGCGGUUAUUACAAUGGUAAACCGAGCUCAUGCAGAAGUGCAAGGGACCGACUAUUCUGCAGAUGACCCCGAGCUCCAGAUGUGGGUUGCCGCUACUCUCUAUGCCAGCGGAAUUUACAUGUAUGAAGAGAUCUAUGGGGAGAUGGACCCGAAAAAAGGCAAAUCAUAUAUACCAAGAAUUUUCGGUCCUGGCCGUGUCUCUUCGCGUGCCACCGGAGAAGUGGCCAAAGAACCGGAAGGCUUUCUGGCGAUACUGGGAUACUACGGUGGCUGGGCUGGAGAUCACACCUCACGCACAAAGUAUUGCAAAGGAUCUUCUUUACAACAAGCAUUUGCUUUUGCCCUUGCGGAUGGGUCUCCCGAUCGUCCGCAUAAUGACAGCACAGAUGCUUCCCGACCGUAUCCGCGAAGGAUACGGCUUGAAAACGAGCAGCACUCGGCGCACAUUCUAUAA